AUGAGUAGUGGAUUAAUACUUGCUGGCGUUGGUUUAGCGGCUGUUGGUUUUGGUGCCCGAUAUUUAAUGAGGAAUCAAGCAGUAAUAAAGAAAGGUCUCGAAGCGAUUCCAGGCGGAGUGUUUGAAAAAUAUCAUCGAGGAGGAUUUGAACCGAAGAUGACUAGAAGAGAAGCAGCAAUGAUUCUCGGACUACCUGCUACAGCUAAACCAAAUCGAAUAAAAGAAGCUCACAAGCGGAUCAUGAUCGUCAAUCACCCUGAUCGAGGUGGAUCGCCAUACCUAGCCUCGAAAAUCAACGAAGCGAAAGACUUGCUGGAAUCAUCAAAGACGUGA